AUGGCUCGGACACUACUGAUCUACGUUGCCUUUUUCCUUUUCAUAAGCUUGGUCCACUCUGUAAGCCCUCCACCGUUUUCUAAGACACUGGCUCCCACACCAUCUCCGUCCAUUGGCAGUAGAAUUGGGGGCGGAGGAGGAGGAGAGGGUGGUGGCGGUGGCAGCAGUGCCGGUCCAGGUAGUACAGGGUCAGGGUUUGGUUCAGGGAGUGGGUAUGGCCGUGGAAGUGGUGGGGGUGGAGGAGGCGGAGGGGGAGGUGGUGGAGGUGGCAGCGGUGGUGGUAGUGGUUCUGGCUUUGGAGGUGGAACUGGCUUUGGAGGUGGUGGUGUUGGCGGUACUGGAGGAUUUGACGGCUCUGGAGGUGUAGGCAUGCCUGGGAAAUUAGAUAGGAAGAGUUCCCCCGGAUACCAUUAA